CAGGACCGCGAUUUUUUCCCCAGCCCCAUGGCCAUGGCGUCCCCGUACCUCCUCCUGCGGCUCGCCGCCGACGAGAUCUUCCAAACCCUAGAGCCCUCCUCCUCCGCCACCGCCACCACCCCCACCACCACCUCCUCCUCCUCCUGCUACGACGCCUUCGUCCCGGUCUUCCGCCCAGAUCCGACCCCCGCGUCGCCCGCGCUGUCGGUCUCCGCGGCCGACCGCGUCCGCAGCCAGUUCCUCUCCGUCGAGCGCGACCUCUUCCACGACGCGCUCGUCGCGCCCCGCAACGACGGGCUCGGCUUCCCCGAGGACGACGACGACGACUCGUCCGCCUCCAUCCCGUGGGACUGCCUCCAGUUCGACGAGGAGUCCGAGCCGGAUCUGCCGCUGUACCCACCCGCGACCGCCGACGAGUUCGACUGGGAGGAGGUGGCGCCCGCGCCCGGGCCCGCCGCGGAGCCCGAGUGGGAGGUGCUCGGCGCCACGCCCCCCGCCGACGCCGACGAGGGGUUCGUCUACACCUCCCACCGGGACGCGCACGAGCUCCUCGUCGCCGGCGGGGAGGCGCUCUUCCUCACCAGCAAGCCCCCCGCGUCCAUCUCAGCUAUCCAGGCCCUCCCCUCCGCCGUCCUUACCAUCAACGAGGAAGGGAAAGGGGAGGAGUGCGCCGUGUGCAAGGACGCGGUCGCCGCGGGGGAGCGCGUCAAGAGGAUGCCCUGCUCGCACCGCUACCACGAGGACUGCAUCGUGCCCUGGCUCCAGGUGCGCAACUCCUGCCCGCUCUGCCGAUUCGAGCUCCCCACCGACGACCCCAAGUACGAGGCCUGGAAGGCCGGACGCGGGCGCGGACGGGCCGUGGCCGCAUGAAUGAGCUGUGCCGUAAUGCCGAGGUUUGAUUUGCUUGUAUGGUUCUUCUGUAUUAGAGAUUUAGAGUUGUAUGCUUUGGUUUUUGGAUUGGCCAAUCUGAUUAGGGGACAACAUAUACCCAGUUCACCAGUUGUAUGAAGGAAAGCGUAGAGCGCAGUAGUCUGCGGAGAAGGUUUUGAUCUGGCACUGUUGGCAAGAGAGAUUGGUGUUACUUCAGCGUCGCGAGGAUUAUAUACAUAUAUGUAAAUGCUAUACAAAUGUUGUAUCUGUUCUAAACUUAAGACAGAAAUAGCUAUAUGAGUUUUUGUGUUGUGAUAUUUUGCAGAUGCCUAUGCGUUUAGCUAUAUGAUGUUGGGUUGUGAAUUUAGUCUCAGACUGAGUCAUAUUUCUGUGUUUUAUUAUUGGGAGCACGUAAGAAGGUGCUUUCAUACUUUGAUUCAUAUUGUGUUUCAGUCUUGGAACUGAUGACUUUCGGAUAAUCAGGCAAGUUGAUUCAUCUCUUUUCAGAGGUGAGAGAAAAAUGGCUCGUUUGUUGUUCAACAUUACCAUACACUGAUACUAUAAUUAUUUGUUGGUGCUCUCUUCAUCUUAUUUUUCCUCUUGUUUCUUUAUCGCGUUAAAUUGAAGUAUUACUCACUGUUUCUGAAGUACAACCAAAAGUUAGUUUAACCUAAUUGGGCAAUGACCUUGCUAUAUGAGUUGCUGUGUUUGAAAAUUUCGUAGAUGCCUGUGUGUUUAGCUAUAUAUGAUGUUGGGUUAUGAAUUUAGAUUCAGACUAAGUCAUAUUUCUGUAUUUCCUUAUCGGGAAUCACUAACAAGGUCAUUGAUUCACAUUGUGUUCUGUCUUGAAAAUCUGAUAAGUUUUUGAUAUGCAGUGUCAGACAAGUGGAUUGAUCUCUUUUCAGAGGUGAGAGAAAAACAGCUUGUUUGUUGUUCAUUAUAUUUGUGUUGAUUAGAUGAAAAUGUUUGAUGGUGGCUCUAUGAGUAGGCCAUAGCUGUAAGGGAAGCAACGCUGAAACUAUAAGUACUUUGUUGGUGCUCUCUUCAUCUUAUUUUCCCUCUAGUUUUUUGACGUGUUACAUUGAAGUGAUACUCAUUCUUUCUCAAGUACAUUCAACAGCUAGUUGCACCUAAUUUUGCAUUGAUCUUGCUAAUUGCUGUAUCUCUAGAUGUAGUGACCCAACACUGAAACCCCAAUUAAACGAUUGACUUCCUAUGAGAUUGCCAGAACAAGCUUAAUUCUGAUCUCUCCCUAUAGUGAUUGGGCUUACAUCCUUGUUGUGACUUGCUGGUUGUGAAUUUACAAUUUUGUCUCAGACUCCCAUUUUCUCUCUUAUUGAAUCAACUAAUUCAUUUUCUAUUUACUUUUGUAUUUUUGGAUAUUUUUUUGUCAUAUUUCUGCGUUUUCUUAUUGGGAAUUCAUAAGAAGGUGAUUGAUUCAUGCUGUGUUCUGUCUUGGAAAAUCUGAUAACUUUUUGAUCUGCAGUGAAAUAUGCCAGACACUUGGAUUGAUCUCUUUUCAGAGGUGAGAGAAAAAUUGCUUGUUUGUUGUUCAACAUCACCAUAUUACUUAAACUGUUUGAUGGUGGCUAUGUCAGUAGGGGCGUAGGGG